AGAGCACUCUGCAUUAGUCAAAGUGAAGCUUUAAGGCUUUGGGGAGUGAAAUGAGUGGAAGUGGCAGAAAGCACUAUUCAAAGUGGGAUUCAAGAGAUGAACCUCAAUUUGCACCUGAUCGUUUUCCUAGUAACAAUAGUUCAAAGUGCUCCUAUUUGGAAAGAAAUGAUAAGUUAAAACCAAGAAUGGGAUUUUCAUGGAAGGAACCUUUCUCUGGAGGCAGAGGUUCAAAUAAGGAUGAUAUUACGAAUAAAGACUACGGAGAUUUGGAUGCAACAAUUGCAUGGGACACCGAUGGAAGUUAUGACAUGAAAAUGUCUCCGGGGUUUGAGGAAUGGAAAAAUAAGAAGCAUAGUCAAUCCCCAGUCAGGAGUAGUCGGAGCAGGAGCCAAAGCCGAAGCCCUCCACGUGGUUUUAGGUGGGAUUCAGGAGUCACCAACAGAAAUAGAACGAGGGCUGGAGGAUUGACACAACCAUGUAGAGAUUUUGCUGCGGGGAAAUGCAGAAGAGGCAGCCAUUGCCAUUUCCUUCACCAUGAUAAUCAAAACUAUGAGGAUAGCUGGGCAAAUAGAAACAGGCAAGAUGGAGGUCCCAGAUAUUCUGCUCUCCAUGAGAGUGGGGACUAUUCUCUUAUUAGUGGAAGAUCUAAUGAAGCUUGUAUUUAUUUUGCAAAAGGAAGGUGUAGAAUGGGAGCAUCAUGCAAGUAUGUGCAUCAUGAUAAUUCUGAUGGGUUCGGUGAAGUUUCUGUGCAUGAAUCAACUAGAGAAAGGGAAAUUGAUAGAAGGAGCACAGAGAAUUCUUUCGAGCAGGGUAGUCGGCAUGGUCCGAGCCACAGUGGUGAUACUCCUUGCAAAUUUUUUGCUUUUGGGAAUUGCCGUAAUGGUAAAAAUUGUAGGUUUUCUCAUGAUAAACAAGCCCAUAGGAGCCCUAAUAGAAGAUUAAAGGAUGAUAGGUCAAGGAGUAAUAAAGGUGGAGAUCUGGCAUUGAAUAGACCAAAAUUGAGUGAUUCAAUUAGUCCUAAUGGAAGGCUAAGAGAUGAUAGAUGGGGUUCAGAUGACAGUUUGGCUGAUGUAGAUAAAGUUUGGGACGGUCCAAAGCAGAAUGAUUUAUUUGCUGUAUCUGAUAGAGCAAAGCUGUCCGAGGACAAAAAAGAUGGAAUUAUGGCCGCCUCAGAACCUGGAUUCACUGCUUGGCCAAUCAGUGUUGGAUUGGACCGUAGCUUAGAUAAGAAGAGAGUGCAUGGUGAAUCACCAUUUUCAAGUGAUAAGAAGGAAGCCAACUGUUGGACAGUUGAAAAUGCUAGUGCCAACAUUCACAUUUCCCGGUCAGUAGGUGCAGACAUUUGGCCUGGUGAUGAAAAAAUGUCUCCCGAUUGGAAUUAUGGUGUGGGAUCUUCCAGCCAUACUGAAGAAGAGCAUGGGCAGAAUAAGCAACAAGUUGCUCCAGGACAAGGAUUUAAUCAGAAUGUAAAUGCUUCGUAUUCUUCAAACUAUCAUGCAGUUGGACAAAGUCAACUGCCAGUUUCCAUCGUUCCUCUGAGAGUAGGAAUUGUUGAAGGUUUGCAGAACCAGGAAUUCUCUGAGAAAAAGUACGUCGAGCCAAAUAUCAUGGAUGCAAGCCUAUCACAAGUUGGUUCAAGAAAUCCUCCAACUCAGAAGAUGGCGAGCAAAGAACAAGUUGCUCAAUUUACCAGCCUAUCAGCCUCUCUGACGCAUAUCCUUGGGACGGGUCAGCAGCUCCCACAACUUUGUGCUACUUUAAAUUCUCAUGAUGCAAAGGAUACUCCCUUCCUAGGCAAAACUGAAGGGUCUGCUAAGCCUGUUUCCAUAACAUCCAUCAAGCCAGAUCCUGCUGUUCGAUUCCAAAAGCAGUAUGAUCCAAUGUGCGACAGUCUUGAGCCUAAGAAUGCUAAUACAAGUGGGGUCCCCCCAUCCUUUUCUCCAAUUAAUAAAAAUCCAAAAGAUGUAGUAGAAAUUCCAUCACUGUUAUCUAAGCCAGGACAACAUUUUGAUGAUUCUUGCAAGACUUCCUUUUCAGAAGAACAACUUGCCAAGAAUGAACAUUUAAUUCAGUUGCAGCAAGGUGAAAGAAUUGAGGUUCAUAAGGAGAACAAUGAAGUGGUAGCUGAACAAAAGCAAAGUUUUCCAUGUGAAAAUAAAAUCACAAAAGAGAAUGGCCCUUUGGAAAACAUGGACCUAAAUGGUGGACCUGAUGAGGCCAAGAAAAUAAAGGAUGUGAAGGGGAUUCGUGCAUUUAAAUUUUCAUUGGUGGAGUUCGUUAAGGAGCUUCUGAAACCUGCAUGGAAAGAAGGUCAAAUCACCAAAGAAGAUUAUAAAGAAAUUGUUAAGAAAGUUACUGAUAAAGUAGUUAGUACAAUGCAACGGGUACAUAUUCCUCAGACACAGGAGAAAAUUGACCGCUACUUAUCAAUUUCCAAACCAAAACUUAACAAACUUGUACAGGCAUAUGUGGACAAGGUUCAGAAGCCUUAGUGCAAGUAUAAAAAUUUGGCUAUGUAAUCUGUUGAUUAUAUUUGCUCCGUUAUUGUUUUCCUUGCGUAUUAUAUUUCUGUGUCGCUACAAUAAGUUGUUUUUUGUUCCCUUCAGAUCAGUUGAUAGUAUAAUCAAGUAACCUUUGCAGCUCGUGUACAUAUAAACUCGGAGCUGUUUGUUGUCUUAAUUUUUUUUAUUUUUUUUGUGGGAAAAAUUUGUGGUGUCUUGUCUUAUUAGACUUUAGUUUACAACCCGAAUAUUAGGCAGCUUUUAUGGGGGAUUCAUUUUAUUAAUGUUAUUUAUUUGUAUGUUUACCUC